AUGGCGACACACGAGUACUCGUACCGUCUCCCGACAGCCCCGCGCAUCGUGGUUCCCCCGCCUACCCUCACCACCGACAUGCCCGGCCUCUCCCUCGGUGGCGCAUCUGGAGGGGAGGCUGACAUGAGCUUCUUGAAUGAGCUGGACCUCGAGGACAUCAUACAGAAGAACACACUCUUGGAAUGGGCCUAUGAGCGGCGGAGAGAGGCGCAAAUGAUCUUGCCCUGGGUCUAUCUCGGACCCAUGGUGGCCGCCAGGGACAAGGACUUCCUAGAGCGCGAGGGCAUCACCAUGGUGCUGGCUAUCCGUGCGCAGGCCAAGAGCAUGAUGGGCGCGACAAAUGCGGCUUCCCAGGUCUGCAUGGAGGUGGGCAGCAUCGAGGCGCCCAGCUUCUACAGCCUCACACCACAGUUCCCGGAAGCAGCGAGGCUCAUCAAUUCACAUGUCGCGCGAGUACGACAACAUAGCUUGGAGAAGACAGGGCAAGCCACCCUGGGCAAAGUCCUAGUCUUUUGCGAAUCGGGAAAUGAGAAGUCGGCUGCAGUCGUUGCAGCCUACCUGAUGCAGACGCUCCACGACAUUGAUUACAUCAAGGCUAUGCAGGUCUGUCAAGCGCAGCGCUUCUGCGUCAACUUCGACGACGUCUUGAAGAACAUCCUGCGCGCUUACUGGGACAUCAUCGGUGCACGACGCUCUAUCGCCACUUCGAAUGCUCAAGCGACCCAGCAAAAUGGUCUGGGCCACGGUUUCGCACAGUCCGGAUCGCUCUCGCUUCCUGUCCCGUCACUCAAGCACAAGCGUAGCGUCCAAGAUAUGCAGGAUCACGAUGAAGACACGGACAUGGACAGUGGUAUGGACGAGUCGGACGCGCUACGGUUUGCAGGGCGUGAUGUCACUCCCUUCCAGGAUCGCUAG